UGGACCGAGCUCAGGGUCUCUGGAGAUCUUGGAGGGUCAACCUCGGACUGAAGACCCUUCCGGGGACGGUUGAGUCCCGAAAGCUCUUCUCCUGAUCGGAGAGCAGUGGGGCAGGCUGUGGGCUGCACCUUCUGGCGCUCCACUCAAGUUGGUGACCUCGCGGCUUGGACGGGCUUCCUGCUUCCUUCUGGACAACCAUGUCCGCCUGGCCUCCGUCCUGGUUCCUCGCCCUCUGCUCCGUGGCGCUGCUGGCCUCCCUCGGGUCAGCCUACCAACCUCCCAACAUUGUCCUGAUUUUUGCGGAUGACCUGGGCUUUGGAGACCUGGCCAGCUAUGGACACCCCACCUCGGCCACCCCUAACCUGGACAAGAUGGCUGCCGAGGGCCUGCGCUUCACGGACUUCUACAGCAGCAGCCCAGUCUGCAGCCCUUCCAGGGCAGCCCUCCUGACGGGGCGCUACCAGACCCGUUCCGGCAUCUAUCCUGGCGUCUUUUAUCCCGGCUCGCAGGGGGGCCUCCCGCUGGCCGAGGUGACAGUGGCCGAAUUGCUGAAGGAGCGUGGCUAUGCCACCGCCAUGGUCGGCAAGUGGCACCUGGGCCUGGGCCCCAACGGCACGUUCCUGCCCACCAACCAAGGCUUUGACCACUUCCUGGGGGUGCCCUACUCGCACGACCAGGGCCCCUGCCAGAACCUGACCUGCUUUCCGCCCAGCACUCGGUGCUUUGGGGUCUGUGACCAGGGGGUGGUCCCCGUGCCCCUCUUCCUGAACCGGAGCAUCGUGCAGCAGCCGAUCUACUUCCCCCACCUGGUGGGCCACUACCACACGUUUGCGCGAGACUUCAUCACAGUUUCUGCUCAGCGCAAGCAGCCUUUCUUCCUCUACUACGCCUCGCACCAUACCCAUUAUCCCCAGUUCGGGAGCCAAAACUACACCGGCCGAUCUUCUAGAGGACCUUACGGUGACUCCCUCCUGGAAUUUGACGGAACCGUCGGCUUCCUCUUGCAGGCUUUGCAGGAUGCCGGGGUCCACCAAAAUUCGCUGGUGUUUUUCACGUCCGACAAUGGCCCCGAGACGAUGCGCGGCUCCCGGGGAGGAAGCUCUGGCUUGCUCAAGUGUGGGAAAGGGACGACGUACGAAGGCGGCAUGAGGGAGCCGGCUCUGGCUUACUGGCCAGGUCGCAUUGCGCCAGGAGUGACCCACGAACUGGCCAGUACCUUGGACAUCCUGCCCACUGUGGCUGCUCUGGCUGGGGUGCCUCUUCCCAACGUCACGCUGGAUGGAUAUGACCUGAGCCCCCUCCUCUUUGGGAAAGGAAAGAGCCCCCGCCAGACCAUGUUCUUCUACCCACCAGCUCCGGAUGAGUUGUUUGGGGUUUUUGCGGUCCGCUAUGGAAAGUACAAAGCCCACUUCUUCACCAAAGGCGCCUUCAACAGUGCUGCCACCCCUGAUCGCGCCUGCAGCGGCUUCACGGCUCUGACCGCCCAGGAGCCCCCUUUGCUCUUCGACCUCGAGACGGACCCUGCGGAGAACUACGACCUCCUGCAAGGCGGGGCCCACAAGCCCGAAAUCCUGAGGGUCCUCAAGGAGACCCGCCUGCUGAAAGCUGCCUUCGACCAGGACAUGGCCUUUGGGGAGAGCCAGCUGGCCUUGGGGAGUGACCGCUCGCUCCAGCCAUGCUGCAGCCCCCAGUGCACCCCCUGGCCCUCCUGCUGCCGCUGCGGCUCUUAGCCCCCCUGCCCCUCCUUCCAUACCCCC